GUCCCACACGUUAUGUGUAGAAAUUGCUUGCGUCAAAACACGGAAAACCCGAAAAGUUUGGUGUAGUCUAUAUAAGGGCCAAUUGAACCAAAAUUCACAUUAAGUAAGGCAGCAUGAUGUGCAGCACAUCGAAAACCCCGUUAGUCCUUGAUAAAAGAACAUUUGGUGAGGCAGACGACAUGAUGAAAAUGUUUGUAAAGGAAGGCUGGAAGGACCAAAGUCGAGAUAUAUUACAGGCAACGUUUCGUCUGGCUGGAAAAGGGCAGUUGGUGGCGAAAUACGAUGGUGUCGUCGUAGGCUUCGUUACGCUUUACGAUUUUAGCGAAACAAAUAGCUUUCUAAACUACCUCAUCGUUAAACCGGAGCAUAGACAUAAAGGCUUUGGGAGCGCAAUGUUAAGGAAGGCACACCAAUUAGCAGAGGCCAGAACAAUAAGUUUCAUUGCCACUCUUCCAGCAGUGCCACUGUACGAAAGACACGGGUACGUAAAAGGGAAGUUCUGUUUUGCAUCUUACAGUAUGAUUAUGAAACAUAUCCCAGUCUCUCCAGGCGCUGGGUCAAAGUACGAAAUAAAAGCUAGCCGUGAUGUUGACUGGAAUCAGCUGGUGAACUACGAUACUUCUUACCAUGUUUUGUCAAGGGAACAUGUAUUAAAGACUUUCUGCAGUAUAAAGGGUUCAACCACAAAGGUCAUACUAGAGAGGGGCAAAAUUGUAGGCUAUGGGACAAUCCGACCAGUUCUAGCAGGAUAUCUUAUAGCUCCCCUCUAUGCAGAUAAUACAGAAGCCUGUAUGGUGCUCCUAAGAAGCCUUGUUGGUGUCGCCCCAUCUAAUUCACCCGUUGUUCUGGUGAUCCCGAAUGUCAGUCAGGCCGGUAAGAUUCUUUUGGACGCUAACAAAAAUGACGUUAGGGUUUUAUGGGAGGGAGUCAAUAUGAGCAGCAAAGACACUCCCGAUAUACCAAAAAUGAACAAUGUCUUGGCAAUACUGAGCCCUGCCAUUUGUUUUCUGUAA